AGGCCACGUUUGAUUGACCCAUUCUAAAUUUUAAUCCGCCAUUGAAAUCUGAAUUUCAAGCUUUCUUUUGUUUCCCUCUCCCUCUCUCUCUCUUCUUCGGACAUAUUCAACAAUUUUCCAAUCAAUCUCCCGUUUCGAUCCUUCCUCUCAAUCGCAACAAUUUCUCUGAAGAAGAAGAACCAAAAGGUUUUUUGUCAAAAUGGACGCGGAAUCUCCUAAUGUGGAUCUUCCCACCACGGACAAAGAAAUCGUACCGGAGAAGAUUGAGGAUGAAGAGAUCAAAGAGCCUUUCAUUCAUUGCGAGCUUUGCGAUGCAGAAAUUGUUCAUAAACUUGCUCAGGUUCUUCUUCCUGGAUUGUCCACCGCUUGUGUCGAUAAUACCAGUGGCGAUAUCUUUCGAACCCCUGGUUCGGUGGCUGCCGAUAUCAGGAAAGAAAUGGUGGAUUAUCUUACAAUGAGGAGCGAAACUUGCGUUGCCGAAUCUGUAAUUUUAGAUAAUCCCUCAGAAGCUGAGGUAUCUGAUCACCCUUACGACAUUGUCUCUGAUUUUGUUGAUGAUUUUGCUGCUACCAAGAGAAAUUUGUUUAGUAGAGUUUCAGGAUGGAUUCUAAGUGAGAAAAGAGAGGAUAAGAUAGAUGAUUUUGUUCAAGAAAUGGAUGUUAAUGGCUUUUGGCCACUUGAUAGGAGAGAAGCAAUUGCUCAAACUUUGCUUAAGAAUGUAGAUUUUAAGAGUGAGUUUCAUUGUGAUAAGAAAUUUCACUCUGUAGAAGAACUAGCUGAGCAUGUUGAAAACUGUGGCUUUAGGUCUUUAACUUGCACAAAUGAAGGCUGUACUUCAAGAUUUUGUGCAAGCCACGCAGAACAGCAUGAUUCCAUUUGCCCCUUCAAGAUAAUUUUAUGUGAACAGAAGUGUUCUGCCUUUAUUAUGAGACGUGAAAUGGACCGCCAUUGCAUUACUGUUUGUCCAAUGAAGCUUGUGAAUUGCCCGUUCCAUAAUUUGGGUUGCCAAUCCCCUGUUCCGUAUUGUUUGAUAGCGCAACAUUGUUCAGAGAGUUUUGAUUCUCAUUUGCUCCACAUUCUUCACUCUAUACACAAGGAAGCCAAUGAAGAGACUCUUAUACAUAGACGACAACAGCUUGAAGAGACAUCAUCACUUGACCACCUUAGAGGUCUUCAAAACUUGAGAUUGUUAACCUUGAAAAUCAAAGAAAUGGAAUCUCAGCUAGGACCAUUAGUAGUCAUCUGCAAGGUCGAGGAGGAUAGCUCUGACAAAAGUGACGAAGAGAAGGAGGCUUCUAAUGUAACUGAAGAGGCCAAGGAUGCUGCCUCUAAUGUAAUCCAAGAAAGGAAGGAGGAAAUGCCUAAUGGAAGUGAAGAAACAAAAGAUGGCUCAAUUGGAACUGAAGAAGAAAGGAAAGAUGCAUCUACUACUGCAAUUGAAGAAAGGGAAGUCAUCAUGUCUAGUGUAAUUGAAGAAACGAAAGACACUUCUAAGACAACCGAAGAAAUGAAGGACGCUUCUGACAAAAAAGAAGAAGCCAAUGAUGCUUCUAGUGAAAAACAAGAAACGAAGGACGCUUCUGACAAAAAAGAAGAAGCCAGCAAUGUUUCUAAUGAAAAUGAAGAAACAAGGGACGCUUCUGACAAAAAAGAAGCCAGUGAUGCUUCUAGUGAAAAAGAAGAAACGAAGGAUGCUUCUGAGAAAAAAGAAGAAGCCAGUGAUGCUUCUAGUGAAAAAGAAGAAACAAAUGAUACUUCAAAUGAAAAAGAAACAAAAGAUUUAUCGAAUUCAACUGAAGAAACAAAUGAUGGUUCUAAUGCAAAGGGAAAGAUGAAGGAUGAUUCGGAUUCAGAGGAAGAAAUGAAGAAUGCUUCUGAUGUAAAGGAGGAAGAAAUGAAGAAUAAAGAUUCUGAUUCAGAGGAAGAAAAUAAGUAUGAUUCAGCAAAGGAGGAAGAAGUGAAGAAAGAAAUUGAAGAAAGUGAGGAGGAAGAAAAGAAAGAUGCUUUAAAUGUAGUAAAAGAUGAUCAAGAUGAAGCUGAAAGAUAAAAAAAAAAAAAAAAAACACCAUUUGGUGAAGAAAGUUUAACUACAAAAUGCUGGCUUCCCAUCAUCACAUGGUCAGUUUCCCUUUCUUCGAACCAAAACUAAAUUCUUUUCCCUCUUGUUAUUCUUUCCUAUACAUUAUGAUUGCCAAUAUAUAUAAAUAUAAUAUAUAUGUAUCGUAAACUACCUAUAUUACUACACCCUAUAAAUUAUAUAUUCCUUCAAUUUAAACUCUUUUUAAGUGGGAGGCAAA